AUGGAUAUGCAGCUGGAAAGCUUAUUCCGUUUGUGGAGCUCUGGCCAACCACGUCAUGUGCAUCCUAUUACCGUUCCAUCUUCAGCCUCAAAAUAUGCCCGGAUGUUUAACUGCAACGUACCCGAUCCUGGACCCCCUCUUAGACCGCAACUCCGCUUGCGAGAAAGACAUACGGCAUAAUAUUCACGGCAGGUCGCGCCUCGUCCUAUGUCAUAUGCGGAUGUAUGAAUCAGCUCCUUUUUGAGCGCUCGACGGGCAACAUUGGGGCCAAUGUGUUUGCCAAGCUCCAAACCUCGCAGCUCCUACACUCCUUCCGGCCCGCCCCUCGCUUUCGUUUCGAUGGCGGGGAGAGAGGUGUGGUCGAAGGUACAGACGAUAGUGGCGUAGCAGCCGGCGAGGGGAAGACAUCACUUUGGUCUCACCAAGCUGGCGUGAACGCGCUGGCUUUGGAGCGGUUCGAUGGGAGGCUUCUAGUCUCAGGCGGCUCAGAUGGAACCAUCCGUCUCUGGGAUCUCGAGCAAAGUGGAAACCCGACACUAGGCCACGCCUACCAACCUGUCUCCCAGAUCACCCGCGCCGAUGCGCCACCUCCGCCACCACCACGGCCGACAUCGACCUCCUCCCGGGGUGUCACAUACCCGGCCCGCGCAUCCAGCACCGGCGCGCACCGCUUCGGCAUCACGCACCUGUCCUUCUACCCCUUCGACAGCGCCGCCUUCCUGUCGUCCUCGUACGACCAGACCCUGAAGCUCUGGGCAACCGACUCGGCGCGCCUCUCGGGCAGCUUCAACCUCUCGGCCAAGGUCUACACGCACGCCAUCUCGCCUGUGGCCUCGCACCUACUGGUUGCCUGCGGCACGCAGCACCCCGCCGUGCGCCUCGUCGACCUGCGCUCCGGCGCCGCCGUGCAGAGCCUCGUCGCACCGGGGGCCGGGGGCGGGGCCGCGGGGGCGGUGCUCGCUGUCGCGUGGUCGCCAAGGCACGAGCACGUCCUCGCGUCGGGGACCAUCGACGGGGCCGUGCGCAUCUGGGACGUUCGGCGGGCGAGCGGCCUGGUUGGCCUGCUGGAUCAGGAGGACAGCUUGGGGAUGUCGGCCGGCGGACGAGGCGCGGACGGUGCCGGCAAUAGGAGCAGCACCGGGUUUGGAGCUCUACGAGAGAGGGGGAUCCGCGCGUCGGCGAAGGCGCACGCGGGCCCCGUCAAUGGCCUGACGUGGACGGACGACGGCGCCUACAUCGUCUCGGCCGGCCACGACCAGCGCAUUCGCGUUUGGGACGCUGCCACUGGCGCGAACACGCUCGCCUCCUUCGGGCCGACGAUCCGCAACAGCCAGCUCGCCAGCGUCCCCAUGUUCGCGACGCCCGUGGGGCUCAGCCCGCCCAAGCGGGAACUGCUUUUCUGGCCCAACGAGACCGAGAUCCUUGCCCUGGACCUGCACCGCGGGUCCGUCGUCGCGCGCCUGCGGGGCGUGGGCCCGAGCCUCGCGGCCGUCAGGGCCCGACAGGGCGGCGAGAGGGCGGUCAGGAACCGGGUCACAAGUCUCGUGUGGCGGGCCGCCGGUGGGGGCGGGGGUUCGAGCGGCGUGGUCAUGGGCGGGAGCACCGCGGCCGGGGGUAUCUACAGCGGGCACCUGGACGGGCAGAUCCGGGCGUGGCUGCCCGAGAUCGAGGGCGCGGACGAGGAGGACGAGGACAGCACCACCGAGGAGGCCGUCGAGGGGAGGGCCAAGAAGAGGAAGGCUAUUGAUGAUGCUUUUAGGAGCUUGAUGGGGAGGCAGAUUACGUUUACUUGAGGAGCAAGGCUUGGAAUUGAGAGACGUCUAUUCCGUACGAAGCUUGCAUAUAUCCGAUACCGUCGGGUGUUGUCUACCUA